AUGUGCGCCGACGUGUGGGGGAAGCACCCCAUCAAGUCGUUUGGGGGCUGCCAGAGUUCCGUGAUGUUCACUGACGUGUUUUCUCGCAUGAGGUUUGGCUUCCCAAUCACGACAAAAGACGAAACGGCGGAGUCUCUCCACAAAUUUGUCCGGGAGGUAGCCGACCCGAUCGGGCAAAGCAUCGGCACGAUGCACUGCAAUGGUGCAGGAGAAUUCCAGGGCAGAUCCUUGGAGCUGUGCAAAACGUGGAUUUGGCACCAUCAUCGAACUACUCGCAAACUAAUGCUGGGCGCACCGCACCUUCCCAGCGAGCUGUGGGCUGAAGCAUUCCAGACCGCCAUCUAUCUCAAGAAUCGCACACCAACUGAAGUCCUGGGCGGCAAAUCCCCACUCAAGGUAUGUGAGGGUAAGCCGCUAGGUAAUCUGCUGCACAUUCACGAUUGGGGUUCGAUGGCCUCCAAACACGAGGAAGCGCGUUUCCGUCCCAACAAGCUUGCGGCCAGGGCCAAGAAGAUGUAUCUGGUAGGCUAUAAUACCAAGGGCAGGUCGUACAGACUGUGGGAUGUGGAGCCUUCUAAAAUCACCAACUCUGCCGAAGUAUCCUUCCGUGAAAAAGAGAUGCGCGACGUGGUUAAAUCCAAAGUAGGGCGCGAUCCGUUUCCUGUGCCAAACACGACAAUCUACCAGCCUGGUAUGGCAGAAUCUAACGAAGAAGAAACUACCGACGAUAGCGAUGAAGAAGAAGACCAAAGUACUGCAGAGUCGACACCAUCUGUUCCAGAACCACGACGGAGCGCCAGAGCAUCUGCACCGCCGCAAAGGUUGAAUCUAUUUACGGUGACCUCGGAGGAGGAUGCUUAUCAGCAGGUGGAACAAGCUCUUCUGACAGGGGGUGUACUCGGAAACGUCGGGACGGGCAACCCUGGAGAAACAGAUUAUUAUAGGCCUCCCGACCCGACCAACUACGACGACGCAACACGUGGACCAGAUGCUGACCACUGGAGGGAGAGUAUGCGCGAAGAAAAUCGUUCGCUCACGGAACUCGACGUAUACGAUUGGGUGAAACCGCCGGCGGACGGUGAUAUACUUCCGUCAAGAUACCUAUACAAACGGAAGUACGCAGCAGACGGAGAACUAGCUCGACUGAAGAGUCGUAUCGUGGUUCAAGGCUUCCAUCAAGAAGACACGGGGGAAGACAAGGCAUCAUCAGUGGCGACAUUGGAGGCGGUACAUCUAGUAGUCGCCGUCGCUGCUCAGAAUGGCUUUGUUCUAAAACAGGCUAACAUCAAGACAGCGUUCCUACAUGCCAGGAUCCCCGCUAACGCAGACCCGAUUUAUGUUUGUCCUCCGAAAGGUUUCGAAUGCUCUCCAGAACAAGCACGGCAGGUGUGGCGGCUAAAGGCAUGGCUCUACGGAUUGCGCCUCUCCUCGAAAGGCUAG